UUUUAAUUUAUUCAUCAUGAGUGAUGAGAAGAAGUACAUUACGGCUGAGGAAUUGAAGAAACAUAACAAGCAAGAUGAUUUAUGGAUUUCAAUACAAGGGAAAUGUUACAAUGUUACAGAUUGGGUGAAGGAACAUCCAGGUGGCGAUAUUCCUAUACGUAGUUUGGCUGGACAAGAAGCAACUGAUGCAUUCAUUGCUUUUCACCCAGGUACUGCUUGGAAAUAUCUUGACAAAUUUUUUACCGGAUAUCAUCUUAAAGAUUACGAGGUUUCUGAGGUGUCUAAGGAUUUCAGGAAACUUUGUACUGAAUUUGCAAAAGCCGGGAUGUUCGAAAAAAAAGGGCAUGGGGUGAUUUAUUCAUUAUGCUUUGUGACAUUGUUGAUAUCAUUGAGUUUCUGUGGUGUUUUGUUGAGUAACAGUUUCUUGGUUCACAUGCUCUCUGGUGGAAUAUUGGGAUUCUCUUGGAUGCAAAUCUCUUAUUUGGGUCAUGAUUCUGGACAUUACUUGAUCAUGACGACUCGUGGAUUCAACAAAAUGGCGCAGAUUCUUACAGGAAAUUGCCUUACAGGGAUCAGCAUUGCUUGGUGGAAAUGGACACAUAACGCACACCAUGUCGCAUGCAAUAGCCUAGAUCAUGACCCUGAUCUGCAGCACUUGCCAGUUUUCGCUGUCUCUUCCAAGUUUUUCAAAUCACUGCAAUCUAGCUUUUAUGGAAGGGAGCUUACAUUUGAUUCCAUAUCCAAAUUCUUUGUGAGUUAUCAACAUUUCACGUACUAUCCUAUAAUGUGUGUCGCGAGGGUAAAUCUAUUUGUCCAGACAUUCUUGUUAUUGUUCUCAUCGAGAAAAGUGCCAGACAGGGCUUUUAACAUAUUGGGGAUUCUUGUUUUCUGGACUUGGUUUCCUCUUCUUGUUAGCACAUUGCCUAAUUGGACAGAAAGGGUGUUAUUUGUGCUAAUAAGUUUCUGUGUCACAUCACUCCAACACAUUCAAUUCACUCUUAACCAUUUCGCGGCUGAUGUCUACGUUGGACAACCAGAGGGGAAUGAUUGGUUUGAGAAACAAACAAGUGGUACUAUCGAUAUUGCCUGUUUUUCUUGGAUGGAUUGGUUCUACGGAGGAUUACAAUUCCAACUUGAACAUCAUUUGUUCCCAAGGCUGCCUAGAUGCCAUCUGAGGAAAAUAUCUCCAAUUGUUCAAGAUUUGUGCAAAAAACAUAACUUGCCAUAUAGGAGUUUGUCCUUUUAUGAGGCUAAUGUUUGGACAAUUAGGACUCUAAAAACAGCAGCAAUGCAAGCCAGGGGUCUGCUCUGGGAAGCUGUUAAUACUCAUGGUUAAUAUUUGGAGUUGAGAAUUUUCACAAAUAAGUACUAAAAGUCCUCUAGUAUGUUUAUAAGCAACGUUUCUAUUUUAAUUUAUGUUGGGUCUAUUUUGCUGUGUGGAUAUGGGAUUUCGUUUCAAGCAACACCUUGGAUCUGCUGCAGCAUAUAUUUAUGCAAAAAAUAUGGUUUUGGUUCGUUUGUUUUUAUUGUUUGGCACAUGUAGUCUGGCUUCUUUUGUUGGUUUCUAUUGGAGCCCGGCUAAUUGGAAUUCCCAUGGGUAAGUCCCAUUAAAGGGGGAAGCACGCUCCCUAACAAGAUUUUUCCAUAUCAGAGCUCAAACUCUAAAGCUCUUGUUAAUGAUGGAGGGAUACUAUUCAUUUCACUGCAACCCUCGUUGGUGGACAUAUAACUUGUUAUAAUGAUAUAGUUUCCAUUUCUUAAGUUUUGUUUUAUCUUUUCUUGUUCAUAUAUCAGAAUUCAGAAGUUACUCAUACUAUCUUUUCUCUUUGGUAAUAUAAGGGAAUGGCUCUUGGUUAUAGCGCCAGCGAUUCAUUAGAAA